ACAGUGUCUCUGCGAUAGAUCGAUAUUUUUAACAAUCGAUUGUAUCGGAAAUGCCAGUACUAGCCCUAUCUACACUAGCCGGAAGAAAAUAAACGAACCAAAAGCAAAAUGGGCGACGGUGCUGGCAAUUGGUGUCUUAUUGAGUCCGAUCCGGGCGUGUUCACGGAGCUUAUUCGCGAGUUUGGUUGUGAUGGCGCUCAGGUGGAGGAGAUCUGGAGCUUGGACAGCGAGUCGUUUAAGAAUUUGGAGCCGAUCCACGGCCUGAUCUUCCUGUUUAAAUGGGUGCAGGAGGACGAGCCCGCCGGCAAGGUUGUGCUGGAUCGCGACCACAUCUUCUUUGCCAAGCAGGUGAUCAACAAUGCUUGCGCUACGCAAGCCAUCUUGAGUCUGCUGAUGAACCUGGAGCACGAGGACAUUAAGCUGGGCGAGACGCUGACCAACUUCAAGGAGUUCUGCCAGUGCUUCGAUCCCUACAACAAGGGCCUCACGCUUAGCAACGCCAGUCAAAUACGAACCGUGCACAACUCCUUCGCCCGCCAGACGCUCUUCGAACUGGACAUGAAGAACCAGAACAAGGACGAGGAUGUCUUCCACUUUGUUGGUUACAUGCCCAUUGGUGGCCGUCUCUACGAGCUGGACGGCCUACGCGAAGGCCCCAUAGAUCUGGGCGAGAUCCGGCCGGAGCAGAACUGGAUUGAUGUGGUCCGCCCGAUUAUUGAGAAGCGCAUGCAGCACUAUAGCGACGGCGAGAUACACUUUAACCUGAUGGCCCUCAUCUCGGACAGACAGCGCAUUUACGAACAGCAGAUCGAUAAGCUGCUCAAUCCGGCUCCCAAUGCCAUGGACACGGAGGAGGAUCGCCAGACGGAGAUAAACAGCCUGCGUACCUACAUCCAGUACGAGAUCCAGAAGAAGAAGCGCUACAAGGUGGAGAACGUGCGGCGCAAGCACAACUACUUGCCGUUCAUCGUUGAGCUCCUGAAGAUGCUGGGCGAAACUGGGCAGCUGAUGCCCAUCUACGAGAAGGCCAAGCAGCGGGCGCUGGACCGCGAACAGGCUCAGCGCAAGAAGGAGUCCAACUAGAAAAUGAACAGCAUUUACAGUAUCCGUAUCUGGGGUUGGUGAGAAAAGCACGAUCACAGAUUGAAUCGAGGAGCGAGGAACGAGAAGCAAUCAACCAUUGCUGGUUACUAGUUAGGUGUUCACUGCCUUGUACUGUACUUUAGUUUUUUAUACACACUUCCCGCUCUCUCUCACUCUUUCUGCGCCAGUUAAGCCGUACUCUAAUACGCGUGUUAAGCUAAAUUUAUAUACAAUGGCGCCACAGAGAUCGUCAAGCAUUUCAAAUUCAUUUAAGAAAUGUGUCUUAAAGCAUGUAAUCAAAUAUUUUAACAUUUCCUACCAUAUUUUUGGACCGCAUUUAAAGUUAUUUCAAAUCGCAAGAGAUUUCUGUGGCUUCCCUCAUAAUUAAAUACCUUAAUAGUGAAAAAUUUAAAUAUAAAAUCGAAAA